AUGAUGCAGAGAGACACCACUGAUUUGAGUGCUCAGAAUAAGGAGCUCAAGAUGAAGUUAGAGGCUUUCGAGCAACAAGCACAACUUAGAGAAGAUCUCAACGAAGCAUUGAAGAAAGAACUGCAACGCCUUAGGGCUCAAAAGAAUCAUUUGAUUGCCGUCACUGGUAAUCCUUCUUAUAACGGAAUGUUCUCCCAAUUUUCUACACAAUUAACCAUGCAAGAUAUGAGUAAUCCUCAACCCCAGCAGGCACGAUCUGGCAUGCCACCUUCUCGUUCCGAUCAACCUUUCAAUGGUCUUGGUCGCUCUAACUUCAUGGAGUUCAAUCAACAGAAGUAG